AUCCUGGUACGUGCCGGACCGCGCAUCGCCUCCCAGUCCCAGAGCCCAUCAGCCAGGGAUGAGCAGCGACAGGACGCCGCUCGGCCGGUCGCCUCUCAUGCUCCAGUCCCGGGGACCUGCUCCCUGCCGCGGGGGAGAAGAGGGUUCGUGUCCCCGGCCGUAAACGGUGCGGGAAGAUGCCCCGGGUGUGAGCUCUGCCACCGGUUUUGGGGAGGGAGGCAGAUUCAGACACGUUGGAGCGAGCAGACAUGGUUCUGAUGGCGGCUGUGUUGAGAUCUUGGAGCAGUGAGAUAAAGAGCCAAAUCCUGAGGGGUGGCCUGACCCACACGUGGGCCUCCUCUGUUGCCAUGUCGCCGGGCCUGGGUAACUCAAUGCAGGAUCGGUGUGGGUAUUGGCCGAGGGAGGUCGGGAAACAAUGCCACGUGACGCCACCCCUAUCCGACAAACAGCACACGCUGGCGGGGAUGCCCUCGCUUGCUGGCAGGUCGUGCGGAGGCCCAGCAUCUGUCCGAACCCCACUCUUCGGCGAGUCGUACGGGACUCACGCACGGCUGCCCCCUGCCUCUCGAGCCAUCCCGCUCAUCCUGGGCUCUAUCGGCAGCAGCAACUUCCUCCGUCUGAACUCCACCGCUGUCCGAACCCUGACCGCUGACGAUCUGCAGAAGGCACGACGCACCAAACCGAUCACACAGCAACAAGCACCUCGCCAAACGCUGAGUGAGAAAGCCCGGGAACUGAAGGUUCCCACUACUCGACUCGAGAGAUUGGCCAACUUUGGAGGAUUGGCGAUCAGAGUAGGAUUCGGAACACUGUUGGAAGCCACACGGAAGACGUUCAGUGCGGCAAACAGGUCACAGGGGGUUAUGCUGUUGGAUUCCAGCACCAUCCUAUCCGAGGCGAAUGCUGAAAGGAUUGUAAGCACCCUCUGUAAAGUGAGAGGGGCCGCUCUGAAACUGGGACAAACGCUGAGCAUUCAAGAUGAAGCGUUCAUUAAUCCCGCCCUACAGAAGAUCUUUGAGCGAGUAAGGCAUGGGGCGGACUUCAUGCCUACCAGGCAGAUGCUGAAAACUCUGCACAGCGAGCUGGGCUUGGACUGGCGGGAGAGGCUGGAGCUCUUUGAGGAACGCCCCUUUGCGGCAGCAUCGAUUGGCCAGGUUCACCUGGCGAGGCUGAAGGAUGGUCGGGAGGUGGCUAUGAAGAUCCAGUACCCCGGAGUUGCUAAGAGCAUCGACAGUGACCUGAGGAAUCUGACGACCCUUCUCAACAUGAGCAACGCUCUCCCUGCAGGACUGUUCCCGGAACAUGCGAUCGAGGUGAUGAGUCAGGAACUGGCCCUCGAGUGCGAUUACGAGAGAGAGGCGGCCUGCACCAAGACAUUCAAGGAGCUGUUGGUGGAUGAGCCGUUCUUUAAUGUCCCGUCUGUCAUCGAGGAGCUCAGCAGCAAGCGAGUUCUCACCACCGAGCUGGUCCCUGGCUUCCCUUUGGAUAAGGCCGAGGGACUGGAUCAAGAGACCAGGAAUGAGAUCUGUGCCAAUAUCCUGAGGCUGUGUCUGCGGGAACUCUUUGAAUUCAGGUACAUGCAGACCGACCCCAACUGGUCCAACUUCUUCUAUGAUCCACAAAAUAGGAAGGUAUCCCUGCUGGAUUUCGGAGCAACGCGGGAAUUUGAGAAGGCAUUUACGGAUGAGUAUAUUGAGGUUAUCCGAUCAGCAGCUGACCGGGACCGGGAGGCCGUGCUGAACAAGUCCAUUGAGCUGAAGUUCCUGACUGGCUAUGAGACGAAGGUGAUGAAGGACGCUCAUGUUGACGCCGUGAUGAUCCUGGGUGAAGCCUUCUCCUCCUCUGAACCUUUCGACUUUGGCUCCCAGACCACGACUCAGCGCAUCCAUGACAUCAUUCCCAUCAUGCUCCAGCACCGCCUGACCCCGCCCCCCGAGGAGACGUACUCACUCCACCGCAAGAUGGCGGGCACCUUCCUGGUCUGCUCCAAGCUGAAGGCCCGCAUCGCCUGCAAGCCUAUGUUCGAGGAAACCUACGGGCGAUACUGGCAUGGGGGGCAGGCGGAUAGGAUGGGGGUCAAAGGUUAACUGGGGUCAAAAGUGUGGCUUGCUGAGCCUCCCUUUUCCUAAUGCGCGUAACUCUCCCCCUGCACUGUCCCCACACCCCUUCCCCCAUCCCACCUCAAUCGCACCCAGGCCACCGAUGUGGGACGACUGAGGGGAACUCAGUCGGAUCACUUCCAAUGUUCCACCUAGCCAAGGGUUGGCCAGAGAUGGUGUUCGGAAUACUUGAUCCCUUUUAAACCAAUUUUAAUGGCAUCGGCCUCCAUUCAGCUGCAGCUGUUGACUAGGAGGGUAGCUUGUGUGGGGAGGUGGAACAGCACAAACCAACCAUGGUGAUAGGCCAUACUCUUAUGUCGCAGACUUUAAUUUCAUGAAGUUGUUCUCUUUUCAUUCAGCAAACAAUGUGAGGGAUUUGGGUCCGUUGGGAUGGUGUAGAAUGGGAAUGAACGGUAAGGGGUUUGGGUCCUUUGGGAUUGUGUACAACGGGAGUGAAUGGGAAGGGGUUUGGGUCCAUUGUGAU